AUGGCUUCAUUGGUAACCGUGGCCGAUCCCGUGGCGUCUGCUACCAUUCUUCCCCAACUCAGCAAUGUCACCAUCACCUCGAUUAGCGCACAAGGCACUGGCUGCCCCGAGGGCACCAUGUCAACAGCCUUCAGUUCCGAUCGAACCACUAUAACAUUUGGCUUUGACGACUUUGACACGUAUAUCGGUCCCGGGAUGUCCCCGGCGUCCAAGAGCAAAACCUGCAACAUCACGCUGACGCUCAGCCAUCCCCUCGGAUACAGCUUUGAGAUUCUGGACGUGGUCUACCACGGAUUUGCACGGCUGGAUGCCGAGUCGAAUGGAAUAAUCGUGUCUUCUUACACGAUAACCGGCAACGAAGAAGGCAACGGCGUUUUCCAAACGCGAUCCAACAUUGCCGGGGAGCCAGUCGGGGUCUAUACACGCACCAACGCCAUCCCCGAACAAUCGAGGCUUGCAUCACGGUGCGGUGCAGGCGAAACUGGGCUGCAGAUGGAGACGCGGGCCACAGUGAGUUCCGGGUCCUCGUCCAAUUCGGGCGGCUGGGACGACGAGCCUCCGUUUUCCCUUACAGUUCAGCAAAUUCACCUCGGAUGGUCGGCGUGCAAGGAAUGA